AUGACCGGGAGAAGGUGGCAGAGGCGGGGCAUUCGCUGCGUCCGAAGCAGCGCCUGGUCAAAUGGACGCUCCAGCGCGGCGGUGCCUCCUCCUGCCGGCCGGACACCGGAGCUCGGCAGCCCGUCUCUGAACGGCCGCCUGCGUCUCGGGUGGCCUCGGUGGAAGGGGGAAGGAGAAUGCGAAUGUUUUGUGCAACUUCCCGGGGCGCUGACGAUCCGCCGAAGUCCUUCGUUGGCGCCGUUUCCUGGUGCUGGUGGCGCGCUUGUGUGAAACCGUCUCCCCCUCCAUCCUCCCGCCUCCUGUCGCUUCCAGCCCGCCCCUGAGGUGAUUUAGUGGGGUUUUCUUUUCUUCUUCCCUGCCUUUACUUUUCAUAGUGCCUCCUGCCCUGGCUGUGUGACUCCCGGCCGCGCAUCCUUGGCACCCACCGCCCCGGUCAUGGGCUCCGUCAGGAACGGCUUUCAACGCGGCGACAUGUACGUUGUGGCCGUCGAUGUGGGCUCCACGUCCAUCAGGUGCUGCGUGUACGACCGCGCCACGAAGAUCCGAGGUUUCAGCGGCAGAACGUUAAAGGUUUUGUAUCCGGAACCUGGUCGGGUGGAAGUCGAUCCAGAAACAAUGUUUGAACAAUUUGUUUCUGUUGUGAAAGAGGCAGUGGCAGGUUCACAAUUACAUAUGAAGCAGAUAGUAGCUCUUGGCAUUUCAACGCAGAGGGCAACAUUUGUUACUUGGGACAAGAGAACAGGAAAACCAUUUCACAACUUUAUCUGCUGGCAGGACCUUCGAGCAGUUGACCUUGUGAGAUCGUGGAACAGCUCAUUGCUACUUUGGUUAAUUCAUAGAUGCAGUGCCCUGCUCCAUUUUCUCUCCAGACAGAAACGCUUCUUAGCUGCGAGUGUGAUCCAGUUCUCCACACAGCAUGUAUCCCUUCGUUUAGCUUGGGUUCUCCAAAAUAUAAAACAGGUUCAAGAGGCAGUGGCUGAAGACAACUGCUCCUUUGGCACUAUUGACACAUGGUUGCUGUACAAACUGACAAAAGGUGCUGUCUUUGCAACAGAUUACUCGAAUGCAAGUACCACAGGAAUGUUCGAUCCAUAUCAGUUGUGCUGGAGUGAAUUGCUUGCAAACCUUCUCUCAGUACCUGUAUCUAUUUUACCUCCAGUGAAGGAUACUUGCUCCAAAUUCGGUUAUACUGAUAGGAGUAUAUUUGGUACUCCUAUUCCAAUAAUGGCUUUGGCAGCGGAUCAACAAGCAGCCAUGUUUGGGGAAUGUUGCUUUGAACCAGGUGAUGUGAAGCUCACAAUGGGAACAGGCACUUUCAUGUCCAUCAAUACUGGAACCAAACCACCUACUUCUGUAACAGGGCUUUAUCCAUUGGUUGGCUGGAUUGGAUCUGAAGUAACAUAUAUAGCAGAAGGAAAUGCUGCUGAUACGGGUAAAGUGAUCCAGUGGGCACAACAGAUAGGUUUGUUCUCUGAUGUUGCUGAAACUGAAAAGAUGGCACAAGAAGUCCAAAAUUCAGAUGGUGUAUUUUUUGUCCCAUCAUUCAGUGGAUUACAGGCUCCUUUAAAUGAUCCUAAUGCAUGUGCGUCAUUUAUGGGACAACCUUCAACAACCAAAAUUCAUCUAGUUCGAGCAAUAUUGGAAUCCAUAGCUUUCAGGAACAAACAACUAUAUGAUACAAUGCUGAGAGAAAUCCACAUUCCAAUUAGACAUAUCAGAGCAGAUGGUGGCAUAUGCAACAACCAAUUUGUCAUGCAGCUUACCACAGAUCUGCUUGACUGUGACAUUGAGAAACCUAGCCAUGUGGAUAUGUCCUGCCUUGGGGCAGCUUUUUUCACUGGUCUUGCCAUUGGAUACUGGGAUAGCCAAGAAGAAUUAAAGAAGAUUAGAACUGUGGAAACUACCUUCAAGCCACAAGAUAUGUUACAUCACUAUGAAUCCACAUUUAAGAACUGGCAAUUGGCUGUAAGACGAUCCAUGCACUGGUACAAUAAAACAAAAUAGAAGUGAAUUUUUACUUGAAUUGAAGAUGGCACUGACAAGUUUCCUUUUGUAAAGGUUCCAAGUACACUUACUUACAGCUCCCCUAGAUAAGACUUGCAUUGGUAAAUCUAAGGGGAGAAAAUGGAGUUUCUGUAAUUCUGCCUUCAAUUCUGUUGUCAAAAUUCCUGUGAAAAUACUUGCACAUGUAAAACCAAUUGUGCCUACAACAAAAGGCAAAAAUAUUGAAAUUCAUGUUUCAUUAUUUCUAAUUCAUUCCCAGUACCAUCUCUCAUUUCAUCUAAGUGGUCCAUCCAAAAUGGUGAAAUCCAGUCUAAGUCGAUGAAACCUGCGUGGGAGGGACUGGCAUUGUUGACCCUUAAACUUGUGACCAUUUGGUGAAUGUCGGGUGUUUUGCCUUUUCCACAUGUUGGCACCAUUUUAUCAUUGUAAUCUCUGUUGUGGAAAAAUAUUCUGCGAUUUUUUUUAACUUGCCACUCUCGGCAUAAACUACAUUGCAUUUCUAAUUCCAAUGAUGUGUCUGAUUAUAAUGGUGAUUACACGUCACUAGUACUGUAAAGCAUUUUUGGGACUUGGUAAGUUUCCUGGGAGGUGUUAUAUGGAUACAGUCUUUUCUGUUGGAUAACAAAUUAUGGCUCUGAGUAUUUUAAUAAUCAAGUUCUUUAUUGAUGCCAUGCAAAUGAUAACAUUUACAUAAUGAAAGAUUACAAAUUACCAAUGUGUGCCUUAUUAAACUUUUCACUAGAAUUGGUUGCAUAAAGAUGUGGUUUUGUCAAAUGGCAAAACAGCCAUAGAUUAAGCUGAUGAAUUAUGAAAGCUUUAUAAUGACUUGCCAUAAAGCUAUUUGGAAAUGAAUGAAGAUACCUGAUUUUAAUUUUACAAUCUUGUGUGUUAAAGUAAAAUUCAUAUAUUUAAAGAUAUAAAAUUUUGAACUGGUUAAGUCAUCUUCAAAACAGUUGAACUCCAGUAAUUUAAGAAGCAGGCAGAUAAUGGUAAAGUUAUGAUGAUACUCAAUUUCAUGGUUAAUUCUUGGGGUUAUGAAACUUAAUUGAAGUAGUGACUUAAUUAUCUACUCUUGUUCCUGAUACACUAACUGAAAACUGUUUUUCAGUUUGUGGCCAGUAAUCCACAGAAGAUGACUUUCAGUUCUGUUUAAAAUCAGAGCAUUCUGUAUUUUUUGAUGUUCCUCCAUUUUUACCCUGUAUAUAGUAAUAGCUGUGUGUAGCAGCAUUAUAAUAAAUAGUGCUGUACGUUGGAAGGGUAUGGUUCGGACUUCUCAGAUUCCUAUUGAAUGCCAUUGUUUAGCUCAUUCCUCCCUUUGGACGACACUUUAAAGUCAUUUCAUCUUAAAUUGAAGUUCAGUGGACUCAUUCUGGGCCACUCUUGUGCAACUACCUGAACACAGUUCAAAUCACCAACUAUUCUCUCUCACUUCUGUGGAGAAGAAAUGGUUACCUGUUCUUUUCUUGGGGUCUAUGCACCACACUUUCUUAAACAAAAAAAUUAAGUAUUUUACAGAUGCCUCAAAUGAUCAAAUAAAAUGUGGUUUUCUGAGUCAGUGUACUAUUGUAAGAUUAAAUGGCUCUGGCUUCAACUGGUA